ACAGCCAGAGCCGAGAUAAAACGCCGGGUCUGCGCAGAACGUUUAUCCGUAAAGAACAUUCUCAGCAAAAUGAAGGCUUUUGAGCUCUGUAUCUGCGCGUUAGCGUGUAUCUCUCUCGCUUCAUCUGUGAGUAUAGUAAGUCAACUGGGAAAACAGUCUAAUAACAACAAUCAAUUUGUAAAUGCCUGCAUUACUGAAGUUGGUAUGAGUUAUGACGAUGACUUUGAUGUAAGAGAUAUUAUAAAUGAUAGUAUUGACACUCCUGAAUUGGAAGAAAAAACACGAAAGCAUGGUUGUUUCAUUGAGUGUGUCCUAAGAAAAUUGAAUUGGAUGGAAGGAUCUGAACUUAAAGAGGAAAAACUUUACGCAGAUAUAAACAAAGCAUUUACUAAUCAUCCCUUACAAACUCAAAUACAAGAAUUUAUAAGUGAUUGUGCUACAAAAGUAAAAAAUGCCAAUCAAGAAGGAUGUCAAAGAGGUGUUGUAGCAAUGAAGUGUGGUGUGAAAGGUGUAAACAGAUUGUUUCCCUUUGCAAUGAAUGCAGACGAAGAGAUUGAAGAAAAUGCAGAAAAUGAAAAUAAUUAAAUAUAAUCAAUUUACAUUAUGCAUUAAAUGUACACCAAUUAAUAUUCUAUAACAAUGUAAUGAUCUUUUAAUAAAACAUGACUCUUUUUACAUGUCUCUACAUAAAA